AUGACCACUCGGUAUCGCGUUGAAUAUGCUCUCAAGUCGCAUCGGCGAGACCAGCUGAUUGAAUGGAUCAAAGGUCUCCUGGCGGUCCCCUUUGUGCUGCACUCGCAGCCCACCGCUGUCUACCAGGAACACAGCGAAAAUCUCGUGGCCGUCGCGGCCGACACCCAUCAACGCUACGCGGAGAUCUUCCGGGAUGUCGAGAAGCUCAUCGACGACCACAUCGAGCAUGAACGCACCGCCGCCCCCGGCAAGUCCAAACUGAAACUCCUCGUCCCGACCGCCGGCUCCUUCUUCAGCCGGCUGCCGAUCGAAGACGCCUUCAAAUACCAAGACAAAAAGCGCAUGAUCAGCCGCCGCCGCUUCGUCGCCCCCUCCUUCAACGACAUCCGCCUCAUCCUCAACACCGCCCAGCUCCUCGGCCUCGUCCGCGGGCCCGGCCUCGACCUCGUCACCUUCGACGGAGACGUCACCCUCUACGAUGACGGCGCCUGCCUCACCCCGGACAACCCCGCUAUCCCGCGCAUCAUCCGCCUCCUGCACCAGGGCGUGCGCAUCGGCAUCGUCACCGCCGCAGGCUACACCGAGGGCGCAAAGUACUACGAACGCCUCAAGGGCCUGCUCGACGCCGUCCACGACUCCCCCACCCUCACCCCCGCCCAGAAAGACGGCCUGGUCGUCAUGGGCGGCGAAAGCAACUUCCUCUUCCGCUUCGACUCCACCUCCCCGCACCGCCUCACCUACGUCCCCCGCCCGGAGUGGCUCCUCGACGAAAUGAAGUCCUGGAAGCAGGAGGAUAUCACCCAGCUGCUCGAUAUCGCCGAGUCCUCGCUGCGCGCGUGCGCCUCCAACCUCAACCUCCCCGUCGCUGUUCUCCGCAAGGACCGCGCCGUCGGCGUCUACCCGCACGACCGGAGCAAGAUCCACCGCGAGCAGCUCGAGGAGACCGUUCUCGUCGUGCAGAAUACGGUUGAGCGGUCCGUCGUCGGCACGAGAUUGCCCUUUUGCGCAUUUAACGGCGGAAAUGAUGUCUUCGUUGACAUUGGCGACAAGUCGUGGGGUGUGCGCGCUUGUCAGCGGUAUUUCGGGGGGAUUGAGCGGUCGCACACGCUCCACGUCGGCGAUCAGUUUCUCUCGGCCGGUGCGAAUGAUUUCAAGGCUCGUUUGGCGUCUACGACUGCCUGGAUUGCCAGUCCUUCGGAAACGGUGCAGUUGCUCGAUGAAUUAGAGGAGUUGCAGAAGGCGGAGAAGAAUCGUAAUUGA